AUGGAACCCUGUCCCUGCGCCUCCCACGACUCCCUCGCCAUCGUUGAGAAGGCCGACAUCCUCCACGACCAAUUAGCCGACGCCAGGACCGAAAAAGUCCAGUGGCUCGUCCGUACCAUCGUUGAGACCCAUUCCGAUCUGCUCAAGCUCCCUCACUUCCGGCCGGGCAACGCCAUCAACAAACUGCUUGGUAACCUCGUGUCGGUCUGCUCCGAGAUCCACGACCGGGAAGUCGUUGACAGGGUCCUCUCCCACGCCCGCGUGCAGGCCGUUCUCCCCUCGCUCCGCCAGAUCUGUGCCCAGGCCGAGUCUUGCCUCGAGCUGCACUGGGCCGAGCACAUCCUCUCCACCAAGGGCACCCCCGACGAGGUUCUCGCCCGCCUCAAAACCUUCCCCUACUACGAAAACUACCAAGACCUCACCCGCCUCGAGCUCUGCUCCAUUCUCUCCGCCACCAAAACCACCCCCCGCCACGUCGCCUUCAUCGGCUCCGGCCCCCUCCCCCUAACCUCCCUCUGCCUCCUCCAAGCCCUCAAACAAGACGCCCUCGCCGGCCGCGGCAUGGAGUUCAUCUGCGCCGAGGCCACCGCCGCCGACAAGGACCUGGCCGAGUUCGACGUCGUGUACCUGGCCGCGCUGGUCGGCAUCACCCAGGCCGAAAAGGAGCGCAUCGUGCUGCAGGUGGUCGACCGCAUGCGGCCCGGGGCGCUGUUGGUGGUGCGGAGCAGUUGGGGGCUGCGGACGUGUUUGUAUCCCGAGGUGGAUCUGGCGACGGAGGGGUUGCUGAAGCGGUUGGAGUGCUGUGUCGUGGUGCAUCCGUAUGGGCAGGUGGUGAACUCGGUUAUUGUGGCGAGGGUUAGGGGGUAG